AUGGCCCCGAGCCCCUCAGGGGCUCUCUCCGAUCCUCCCUCCCCCGAAUUCCCCUCAGAACAGCGCCCGGUGCCCAUCCCGGAGCCCAUCCCGGUUCAUGUAGUCGGGGGUCGGGUCUUCCAGCGCCGGGUUGGUCUCGGUGGCCGGGGGCCUUGUACCUGGCGGAAAGCCGGGCUCCGUCAGGCGGGCGGCGGCACCGGGAGCCCCGCGGGUCGCUCCCCGGUUCUGCCGGUCCCCCCCUCUCCCGCUGCCCGCCGUCCCACCUGGCCACCUUGCCGGGUCUCCGCGGGUCCGCCAUGGCCCCGCCGCCACCGCCGCCUCUUCCGCCGCCGCCGGAAGGAGCCCGGCGCCGGUUCCGCCCCGGUUCCGCCCCCGGUGCCGGCCCCGGUGCCGCCAUGGCGUUCCCGAGGGCCGCGGCCCGCCCGGCCCGAGCUGCCCCGGCAGCGGGUGCAGAGCCUGCAGUGCGGGCAGGGAGCGGUGCGGGCCGCCCGCUUCAACGCGGACGGCAAUUACUGCCUGACGUGCGGCAGCGACAAGACGCUGAAGCUCUGGAACCCGCACAAGGGCACGGCCCUGCGCACCUACCAGGGCCACGGCUACGAGGUGCUGGACGCCGCGGGCUCCUCCGACAACAGCCAGAUCUGCUCCGGCGGCGCCGACAAGGCCGUGGCGCUCUGGGACGUCAGCACCGGGCAGGUGGUCCGCAAGUACCGGGGCCACGCCGGGAAGGUGAACUGCGUCCAGUUCAACGAGGAAGCCACUGUCAUUGUGUCCGGCUCCAUCGACUCCACGGUGCGCUGCUGGGACUGCCGCUCCCGCCGCCCCGACCCCAUCCAGGUGCUGGACGAGGCCAAGGACGGCAUCUCCAGCGUGAAGCUCUCAGCCCACGAGAUCCUGACGGGCUCCGUGGACGGGCGGGUCCGGCGCUACGACCUCCGCACGGGGCAGCUCAGCUCCGACUACAUCGGCAGCCCCAUCACCAGCGUGUGCUUCAGCAAGGACGGGCAGUGCGUGCUGGCCGCCAGCCUGGACUCCACGCUGCGGCUGCUGGACAAGGACACCGGGGAGCUGCUGGGCGAGUACACGGGGCACCGCAGCACCACGUACAGGCUGGACUGCGUGCUGAACGAGCUGGACACGCACGUGGGCUGCGCCUCCGAGGACGGCCACGUCUACUUCUGGGACCUGGUGGAGGGUUCGCUGGCGCUCAGCCUGCCCGUGGGCCAGGGCGUGGUGCAGUCGCUGGCCUUCCACCCCAGCCUGCCCUGCCUGCUGGUGGCCACCCAGGGCCAGGUGACGCUGUGGCGCGAGGACACCUUCCAGCCCGAGGGGGACCCCGACACCUGACGGGGCCCGGGGGGACCCCAACGCCUGGCAGGGGCCGGGGGGACCCCGGUGACACGAGGAAUAAACCCCCAGUGGAGA